AUGAAUAUUGGCUCUAAAAGUAAGAAGCGGAUGGUGCUGCCCAGCCGUCCUGAGCCCCCGACCGUGGACCAGAUCCUGGAAGACCUCGACAGAGCUGCUCCUGAUGACCCGAUCUUCAGCAUCCUAGAAAAGACUGGACAAGACGUGCCCCGUGCCGCAGACAGCGAGGUGGAGCUACGGUUCCAGAAGUGUCGUCGAUAUCUGGAGCUGAACAAGGAGCUGCAGGAGGCUCGGGACCGGCUGGUGCAGCAGAGGGUAGAGCUGAAAGCAGCAGGAGAGCAGGCAGACAGAGAGGUGGAAGAAAUCAAACGUCAACAACUCUGA